GACGCGGGGGUUCCUUCCAUCCCGUCCUAGGCGGAGUGAGAACGAGGGUUGGUGGGGUCUGUAGUGCUGGAGCGGGCGGCCUGUGGGGAUGGCGCUGCAGUUUGGGGGGCCGGGCCCGGCGGGGGGGACUGAGGAGCCAGCUUUAAUCGGGGGCAGUUUUGGCGCGUCGGAUUCGUUCCCCAAGGACUUCGGCUACGGAGAAGAGGAGGAGGCGGAACUGGACGGGGGCUCCGGCCCUGGUGGAAGCAGUGGCGUCCCGGGUGUGGCUGGGGGCGGCCCAGGCGGUGCGGAUUCCAAGCCCCGUAUUCUACUCAUGGGAUUGCGGCGCAGCGGGAAAUCGUCUAUCCAGAAGGUGGUGUUUCAUAAAAUGUCUCCCAAUGAGACCCUGUUUUUGGAGAGUACCAACAAGAUUUACAAAGAUGACAUAUCCAACAGUUCCUUCGUGAAUUUCCAGAUAUGGGAUUUUCCUGGACAAAUGGACUUUUUUGACCCAACAUUUGAUUAUGAGAUGAUUUUCAGAGGCACAGGGGCACUGAUAUAUGUAAUUGAUGCACAGGAUGACUACAUGGAAGCUUUAACAAGACUCCACAUUACAGUUUCUAAAGCCUACAAAGUCAAUCCAGAAAUGAACUUUGAGGUUUUUAUUCAUAAAGUUGAUGGUCUGUCAGAUGACCAUAAAAUAGAAACUCAAAGGGAUAUUCAUCAGAGAGCCAAUGAUGAUCUUGCAGAUGCUGGGCUUGAAAAACUUCAUCUUAGCUUUUAUUUGACCAGUAUCUAUGAUCAUUCAAUAUUUGAAGCCUUCAGUAAGGUGGUACAAAAACUCAUUCCACAACUGCCAACUUUGGAAAACCUACUAAAUAUCUUUAUAUCAAAUUCAGGCAUUGAAAAAGCCUUUCUCUUUGAUGUAGUCAGCAAAAUCUACAUUGCGACAGACAGUUCCCCUGUGGACAUGCAAUCAUAUGAGCUGUGCUGUGACAUGAUCGAUGUAGUGAUUGAUGUGUCUUGUAUAUAUGGGCUCAAGAGUUCCAUAAACAAGGAUCAGACAUUAAUUUUUUUAAAGGAAGAUGGCAGUGGAAGUGCUUAUGAUAAAGAGUCUAUGGCGAUUAUCAAACUCAAUAAUACAACUGUCCUAUAUUUAAAGGAAGUGACAAAGUUUCUGGCACUUGUCUGCAUUCUUAGAGAAGAAAGCUUUGAGCGCAAAGGUUUGAUAGACUACAACUUCCAUUGUUUUCGCAAAGCUAUUCAUGAAGUCUUUGAAGUAGGUGUUGUCUCCCAUAGAACCUGCAAUCAAGCAACCACCCCACACUUGAAAGCAGUGACUCACAAUGGCACACCUAGAAAUGCAGUCUAGGUGAAGAUUAAAAACUGGUUGGACCAACUUUACUAGCUCUUCACUCCAAAGUUUAACUUUGUAGAACAGGAUAAGAGUACUGUCUUAGUCUGGGGUGUGUUGUGUUCCACAAGAGAAGAGCAACACUAACUUUGGAAGAGCAGCCUGUUAACUGAUGUUGAACUACUGAAACUACUGUAAAACAUCUGAAGUUCGGUGGAGUUAGAAUUGUCAACUGAAAACCAGCUUUAGCCUGAUCAUGGUGGCGUUUCCUGUUCAAAGUCCUAUUUUAAGAGCGCAGAUAUAAUAUAAAUGGGAGAAAUGUCCCUUUUGGUGGCGCUUACAAAUGCUUGAGUGUAAUGUGGGUUACUGCUGUGGUUUGCUCAUCUUCAUUUUUAGUUUUCUGUAAAAUAUCCAGUUUUCUUGAAGUUGAACCUUUUUGCCUUUCAAAGAAGUUGGUGGUGUGGAUACUAUGUAGAAACAUCUUAAAUUCAUGCUUCUUGCUUUGUAAAGGUCUGUGGCCUAUAACUUUAGUAAAAACCCAAACAUUCCAUAAAAUUCCUUUUGAAGUACUUACAUUGCUCUUCGGAAUAUCCCAGAAAAUUGCUUAUCUUGGUAAAUGGAGGUAAGGCCAAGGUUUGCCUGCUCUCAUAUGUUCCAGUCCAGUUAAGAUUAAGCUGUAGCUUUGUUCUAGACAAGUUACCUUCCUAGCUUCAGAUAGCAUUUUUUUUCACUAUUUCUCACCAUAUUUGAAAAGAAUAUAAAUGCAAGAAACAUCACCUAUAACUGUGCUUUUAUCUGAAGAGGCUUAAAUUAAAACAUUCUCAACCUUGAAUUGAUUACUCAACCCCAGUGAUGAGAGUGAUUAAAUGUCUCGCCUAAUAUCUGACACUUAAAAUAACAUUUUUAUACUUGUCAAAGCUACUUUCGGGGGGGGGGGGCCUUAAAUCCUUCACUUUUUGAUGUCAGGAGUCUGGAUUUUCUACAGUUCAUCCCGUUUCUAAUUUAGAGGAUGGGGCAAUAAGCACAAUCUAUGUAGGAAUGGAAAAUUGAUUUCCAAUGGCAUUGACACAAAUGACCAUGAGAGUGGCAGUUUGAGCAUUUCCUGUAUUGAUACCCCUCCAGAAUAAACAGCUUAUGAUACUGUUUUUGCAUCAGACCUACUUAAA